AUGUAUGUCAUACAGCUCGUGACCGCUUUGCGAGAAAUGGCGCAGUCUACGCAAAAAAGUUCAUUCCAGAAAUCCAACUCACAAGAAGAGAAGAAUACAAAUGAAAAACAGGAAGCUGUGAAAGUGAAGGAAUACCGUCAAGCUAUGUGGAGGCGACGCUGCAAGUGGACUCCAUAUUCGGUCCCCAGGAAGCAACCGAUCACUCCACUACCUGACGAGUUGUACUCAACGAUGAGCCAAGUACGCUUUCCUGAAGACGUUGACGUGGAAAUUCUCCGUUUUUGCUUACUAGACAGGCGAGAUAUACCAGUGGCAUGUAGCGUUCAAGCCGCACGACCACCUACACCUGAUGGCGAGGUAGACGAAUUGUCCGAGUAUUUCGCUCAUUUUGUACGUGUCGAUUUGAAAAUGUCUUCAUUGGCAGAAUCCAUGUAUGUAUAG